GGGCGCCGCUAAGCCAGGGCCUUUCCGCGCGGUUCUUGCCCCCUGUGAAAACGCCGAUGGAGAAGUUUGCCAGCCCGGGCAGAGGCAACGGCCUCCGCCUCUCGAAGGCCGUCAAGGCCGGGGCGCUGCUGUACCGCGAGGAGCCCUUUGCCUAUGCCGUCACCAAGAAGCGCCUCGGCACCGCGUGCGAGCGAUGCCUGCGCAGGAAGGAGCGGCUGCUUAGAUGUUCUCAGUGCAAAGUUGCAAAAUACUGUGAUGCACGCUGCCAGAAAGAAGCCUGGCAGGACCAUAAACGGGAGUGCAAAUGUAUUAAGAGUGUGGAGCCUAACUUUCCACCAGACUCAGUUCGGCUUGUUGGAAGGAUCAUUUUCAAAUUAUUAAGACAGUCAACAUGCCCAUCUGAGGAGCUCUACUCUUUUUCAGAUCUUCAGUCAAAUGUUGAAAAGCUAAGUGAAGAAAUGAAAGAAGGCCUUGGACAUCUUGCAAAAACACUUCAACUGUAUUUAAAGGUAGAAAUCCAGGAUGUUUCUCAACUGCCACCUGCCUUGGACGUUUUUGAGACCUUCGCAAAAGUGGCCUGUAACUGUUUCAGCAUUAGCAAUGGAGAAAUGCAGGGUGUUGGUGUUGGACUUUAUCCCAGCAUGUCUUUGCUGAAUAACAGUUGUGAUCCCAACUGUGUUAUUGUCUUUGAGGGCCCCCAGCUCCACCUUCGUUCCAUCCGGGAAAUUCAGGAAGGGAAAGAGCUCACCAUCUGCUAUGUUGAGACCAUGAUGCCCACUCCAGAACGUCAGGAACACCUGAAGCGCCAAUAUUGUUUUGAAUGUGACUGCCCCAUGUGCUGUACAAAAAGCAAGGAUGCUGACAUGCUGGCAGGGAAUGAACAAGCUUGGAAAGCAGCCAAAGAAGUUAUAAAUAAAAAGGGAGCUCCGGAGUCACAAGAAGAAUGGGAAGAAGUUCUGAAGACAUGUGAGACAUUACUAAAAAACAAUGAAGCCAAGCUCCCUGAUACAAACAUCUACCAAAUGAAAAUGCUUGAUCUUGCCAUGGAUGCCUGCAUAAACCUUGGCCUUUUGGAGGAAGCCCUGCAUUAUGGUCACAGAACUGUGGAGCCUUACAGGUUCUAUUACCCUGGCGCCCAUCCUUUGAGAGCGGUCCAGAUGAUGAGAGUGGCCAAGCUGCAAUACAGCCAAGAAAUGUUUUCCCAGGCCUUGGAAACCUUGAAAGAGGCUUAUGAUAUUAUGAAAGUGACCCAUGGGGCAGAGCAUAGCCUAGUGCAAGACUUGAUGAUGCUUAAGGAAGACUGUGAGGCUGGCUUGCAAUUGGAAUAAAGAAGAUCUACAAAUCACUGUCGGAGGGGGGGGGGGGAGGGGAGAAGGAGAUACAACAGAAAAGACAGAAAACAGCAAAUGCCUUUCCCAGACAGACCAUAUGAAUUAAUAUGAGUGCAGUAGGAAAAUAUUCCAUUUGUUUUGAAGUAUAAGCCCUCUAUUAUUACCUUCUGGUAAUUUUCCAAGUGAUGUUUCUUACCACUUGACAUUCUAACAGAAGUGUGCUCCCUGCAGUUCAAUGUGCUGAGAAAGAAAUCUGGACAAGCACUUCUAAAUGCACAUGGUAUUAUUAAAUAUGUAGAAAAUGCA